AUUAACAUUUGGGUAACUUACCCUUCACAAUCCAUCUGAAUCCUUCUCGGUUGCUGCCACCAUGACUCGUUACUUCUGCUGUGGAAGCUACUUCCCAGGGUACCCUAGCUAUGGGACCAACUUCCACGGGACCUUCAGAGCCACCCCCUUGAACUGUGUUGUGCCUCUGGGCUCUCCCCUGAACUAUGGCUGUGGAUGCAAUGGCUACAGCUCCCUGGGCUACAGCUUUGGUGGUAGUAACAUCAACAACCUGGGCGGCUGCUAUGGUGGUAGCUUCUAUAGGCCAUGGGGCUCUGGCUCUGGCUUUGGCUACAGCACCUACUGAUGGACCAAUGGCUCCAGUGAUUACAGGACUCUCAAUUAAUUCUCUGCACAGAACAACCUGAAGAGCAAUGACUGUCUUCCUACCUUCCCCUGUGCUUGGGUGAUACAUCUUCCAUCUUCUUGCUGACUUCUUGCUGUGGUCUUUGUCUUUGAUGCCGUUGGACAAGUCACCCAGGACUCAGGUGCUGAACUGAUACUCAUCUACAGACAAAGGAAGCAAGAUGCAUUUUUUUUUUUGUCAUACUUGAAUUUUAACAGUGAAAAAGUAGUUUGCCUCCCAUGGUUGCUCUGCUUAUGUAUUAUUAGCUUCUACAUCAACAUUAAUGUAUUACAAAUUGGAUGUGGGUAGGAAGGGGAUUUUCUGUCAGUCUCUUAAUAAAUCUAUUUCCUUCAGCAUAAA